UUCACUUCCUGUUGUGACGACCACAUGGGUCUGAUGAGUUUUGCUGGUUGAUGUCUGCUCGCAUCAGUAUUUAUUUAUACAUUUGAUUUGUGUGUUAUGUUUGACGGCUUCAGCCAUGCAGGUGUCCAGUGUAAAUAAUGUGAAGAUUUAUAAUCUGAGUCACGGAAAAUCUCUUCCGGAGUGGCUGUCAGAUCGAAAGAAGAGAGCUUUACAGAAUAAAGAUGUUGAUAUCCAGAAGAGGAUUGAGCUUAUUCAGGAUUUUGAGAUGCCCACAGUCUGCACCUCUAUUAAAGUGUCUCGUGAUGGACAGUACAUAUUAGCUGCAGGCACGUACAAACCUCGAGUACGAUGUUAUGACACAUAUCAGUUAUCUCUGAAGUUUGAACGAUGUCUGGACUCUGAUGUGGUGGCGUUUGAUAUUCUGUCAGAUGAUUACUCUAAGUUGGUGUUUCUGCAUAUCGACCGCUAUGUGGAAUUUCACUCACAGCAUGGUCAUUACUAUAAGACUCGCAUCCCAAAAUUUGGUAGGGAUUUCUCCUACCACUACAAUUCCUGUGACCUGUACUUCGUGGGUGCCAGUUCAGAGAUCUUCCGGUUGAACCUUGAACAAGGCAGAUUUCUCAACUCUCUACAGACAGACGCAGUAGAAUUGAAUGUGUGUGACAUUAAUCCCGUCCAUCAUCUGUUUGCUGCAGGUACAUUAGAGGGGCGAGUGGAAUGCUGGGAUCCUCGUGUAAGGAACAGAGUGGCUGUUCUUGACUCCGCCCUCAGCAGCGUCACUGAUGGAACCGAGGUUGAAGGUUUGCCGUCAGUCAGUGCACUGAAGUUUAACGGUUCUUUGGGUUUGGCAGUGGGCACCAGUACUGGACAGGUUCUUCUCUAUGAUCUGCGUUCCUCACAUCCUCUCCUGGUUAAAGAUCAUUACUACGGUCUGCCCAUCAAAUCCCUUCAUUUCCAAGACCAGCUUGACCUGGUGAUAUCCGCCGACUCCAAAAUCAUCAAGAUGUGGAACAAAAACAACGGAAAAGUGUUUUCCUCCAUCGAACCUCAGGCCAACAUCAAUGAUGUCUGUCUCUACCCAUCCUCUGGUAUGCUGUUCACUGCCAAUGAAGAUCCUAAAAUGAACACCUUUUACAUUCCUGCUCUUGGUCCUGCUCCACGUUGGUGUUCCUUUUUAGAUAAUCUAACAGAAGAACUUGAGGAGAACCCAGAGAGCACCGUCUAUGACGACUAUAAGUUUGUUACCCGCAAGGACCUGGAGAACUUGGGGUUGGCUCAUCUGAUUGGCUCGGCUCUGCUCAGGGCUUACAUGCAUGGAUUCUUCAUGGACAUCAGACUUUAUCACAAGGUGAAGACUUUGGCAAACCCAUUCGCGUAUGAGGAGUACCGCAAGGACCGAAUCCGGCAGAAGAUUGAGGAGUCGAGAGCACAGAGGGUGCAGAUCAAGAAGCUGCCCAAGGUCAAUAAAGAGCUGGCCAUGAAACUCAUGGAGGAACGCGAUCUUCACACCAAGAAGAUGAAGAAAAAGGGCAAAGACGCAGCCAACCUCCUGACGGACGAUCGGUUCAAGGUGAUGUUUGAGAAUCCUGAAUACCAGGUGGAUGCACAGAGCGAAGAGUUCAGACUGCUGAACCCCAUUGUGUCUAAAGUGGGUGAAAGGAGAAGAAAGAAACUGGUCCAGUCUGUCCAUGAUGAGGAACAGCAGGAUGAGGAAGAGGAGGAGAUUGAGGGCCGCGCCAGCUCGGAUGAAGAGGAAAGCUCUGAUGAUGAUAAGAGUUGGGUGGAGGAGGUGAGAGAGCAGAGACGUCUUCUGCGGUUGGAAGAGAGAGAGCGCAGGAACGACGAGAGGAAAGAGAGACGACAGCAGGACCGUAACACCAGCUUACAGAGUUCAGAUCCGGUCAGGAAUCCCCGGCAGGAUGCUCAGAAUCGGCCUCGCUUCUAUCAGAUUAAAGCUGGAGAAGAGUUUCGCAGCUUUACUGAUGUGGCUCACAAACAAAAGAUGCAGAAGACCUCUCUGGAGGAGAGACUCAAGCGAGAGGAGAGAUCUGGGAUGUUGAACCUCAAUGACACAGCAGUUGGAAGUAAACAGCUCACCUUCACCCUAAAGAAGUCAGAGAAGCAGAGAAAUCAACAGCGGGCUGAACAUGAUCAUCAUGAAGAGAGGAGGAAGAUCAGACGCGCUGCAGGUCACUUACAUUCAAAUAGAGGAGGAGGAGGUAGAGGACGAGGAAGAGGGGGAGGAGGAAGAGGACGAGGCGGAGGAGGAAGAGGCCGGAGACCUUUUUAACAUCACACUGAUCAUGUGCCUUAAGUACAGGACUUUUUUAAUACUGCCAUGAAAAGCAUAAAAAAGUGUUGUGGUAAUGUAUUUCAUAUGAAAUGCGUGAGAUUGUGAGGAGACUGAGACUGUUGCAACUGUGAGUUUCAUUACAGAUGCUGACGAUGAGCAAGAACUGUCUCACUUUCACAUUGUGCGUGUGUCUCGAACCUCCUCUGUUUCACAACAUCACGUUGUGAAGUCUAAACAGGACCUUUUGUUUUGUAAAGAAUCAUAAAACAUUUUACUCACUUCUCCUCUCAUUUCUCUUCUGUUGCAUUGCACUACGAAACCAAUCGGAUUCACUAUUUAAUAACUAUAAUUCUUAUAUUCUUCUCACGGGUAUUUUACUGAAUUCUGGUUUUACUUUCACAAACUGGUUCAACAAAAAACAUAAAAAUAUGGCAUGAAGAUGAGUCAUUUUCACAACUUUAUAUCUGUUAAAGGGAAUGCACUAUUAAGAAAAAAAGACAAAACGUGUUUAAUCGCUCAUUUUUAGGAAAAAGUUAACACUUGAAUAUGUGUUCCCUUGUGCUGCAUUUAAAUGUCCCUACACUCUCUAUAAACAUCAUAGAAAAUAUAUACAUUAUACAAAAUGUGCUUAAGAUUUCUGGUAUAUUAUAGGUUAGUCAUAAUGAAUUGCAUUAUUCAAUAUAUUUAAGUUAUACUGUCACCAAUGAAUUACACCUGUCACAAUAGGAUACGUAGUCAAAAUUAGGAUUGUGUCUUUAUUUGCAUCUAACUAUUAAGACUAUAGCCACCAAUUUAUCAUGCUUUUUACUUUUUUAAAUGAUGGAGGUUAUUCAAAUCAGAUCUGCUUCAACAGAUUAUGAAACCAUCAGCUGCUUAUAUUUAAAUAUCAGAAGUUACAUUUAGAUGUGAAAGCGUUCCUCAUCUGAGUUUUUGCUGUAAGUCACUUCCUUUUUGUGCAUUCAGACAGAAUAAUGUAUUAUAUCAUCAACCUCAGGGCUCAAAUAUCAAGCUUAAAACAUCUCAUAGAUGUGAAGGGUGCCUUUUGGUCGUCCGAUCACACGGUUAGAUCUGAUGCUGGGAAGGAGAAUGCUGCAACUUAUUACAUAUUUUGCAAAUUUUAUCCAAAGUGACCUCAGGCUAUUUAUCUUUUAUGGGAUCAAACCCAACAUUUGUGUAGCCAAUACAAUGCUGUACCAGUUGAGCUACAGGACCAGCAAAGUAAAAAAUCUGAUUUGUGUACAGUGAAACAUCACUUGACCAUUAAAGGGGUUUACAAUAAUAUAACUUUGAGCUCAGUAAAUAAAAAUUAUUGCGAGCUGUCAUGUUUGAAAUGUUGCUGAAAUCAUUUUGAUCUUUUUUGAUUUAUUUAAAGAGAAUCUUUACAGUACGAUGUCAUUGCUCAUCAUGUUAAUUGUGGGUGGUGAAGUAAUUUCAGAUGUACGGUCUCCACCUUUAGACAGAGACACAACAUGUUCAUAAACAAAAUGAUGUCAUUCAUAAACAAUACAGCAGAACUUUCCUCCAGACUUUUCAUUGUCUUUAUGAAAGCCUUCUGCACAGGAAGAAAAAAG